GAGAAGAAAGAAUGUGUUACAGUGUGUGUCUGACUGGAGUGAGGCGUGAGAUAAAAUUUACUGAGGUAGACAAAAGACACUUUGCAUUGGGAGUCAAUAUUCUGUCUGUGUGCUUCUGAUAGUGUUCAAACUGUAGUUUUUGGAGUUCAUCUGAAAUGACGAUCAGGAGGAACAUUUGAAGAGUUCUAAAAUCUCAAGUAAUAAAUAAUGAAGAAUUCACUCCAAAGAAAAAUAACCUCCAACUCAACUUUAACUAAAGCCAACGUACGUCCACAUGCUGCUCAAAUCAAUCCCAGGCCAGUGUGUGUGUCUCAGACGAGCGGCGUUUUCUCCAGUGCGCCACCACUGUUUGGAACAGCACAAGCGUUCCUGUUGAGACUAGCCCAACUAGAAGCUCAGCUAGUUUUGAGCCUGAUUAGUAAUGUUGCAGCUGGGAAUAAUGGGAACCCUCUUGUUCCUUUAAAUCUCUUACCUCCUGUUGGAAUUCAAAGAUCCUCAUUUUUAAGCAUGUACCAGCACCCAGGGGGUUUUAAACACACCAACUCAAUUCCUCACGUGGUCAGUCACCCCUCGACAACAGUCACUGAAAUGAAUUCAGUCACUGCCAAUAAAGAGAGUGCUGCACUUCUACCAAAAGAGAUUAUUCAGGAGAAAACAUUAAGUCCCAUCAUACAUAAUAACACAACAUUGCCACUGCCGACAUCUGAGGAAUCUCUUUUUAAAUCCAGCUCUAACCAUCUUGGCAAACAUUUCGCCUUAAAACCACAUAUGAGUUGUUCUCAAUACCAGUCAGUGACAGCCAAAGCAACGAUGCCUCCUGAAAGACCACAGACUGAAGAGGGAGAGCCAAAGCAACAAACAAUGCUGCAGUAUCCAACAGAAAAUCUGAUCAAAGCUUUAACCAGCCUCGGCCUUUCUCUUGAGGAUCUGGAAUUACUCAGUCACUGCCCAGACAACCAGUUAACAGCAGAGAAUCUCCCCUUCAUUAUACAAGACAUUCAAAAGCGCAAAGAAACAAAGGACAGUAAAUGUGGCCGUGCUAGAUGGAUCUCAUCUGCUCAAGUGAAAUCAUCCAAAGAUUCAUCACACACUUAUGGGGAACAGAGGAAUCUGAGGAUUGUGAAUGGAAGAGGAUCAAAUUCCUUCCUAAAGAGGCUGCAGCAAGGCACCAGCUGGAGGCCUGCUUCGGUCUAUUUUCCCCCUCGAUCAAAAAGCAACAUAAGGCACAGCGCUGUCUCUUCAGACUGUAAUAAAGCAAGACAUUAUGCUACACAAGGACCCUUGUCCUCUCCACACAGAUCCAACACUUACAACGCCAUGACAAAAGGUCAUAGGCAGUCUUCCUUUCCAGUUAAAUCUGCAAAAUCGGAAGAAACCGCUGAAUCCUUCGCCAUUCAGAUGCCAGUCACUCAGACAACUGCAAAACCACAAGCAAAUACUCAGAAGGGUGUGAUUCGUGUUUCUGGAAUCCCUCUUGAUUACUCUGAGAGCGAACUCAGCAAAAUGGCAUCUCCGUUUGGUCACUCUGUUGAGGUUUUGAUGGCAACCGAGAUUGACACGACGACCUGUCUAGAACGCAAGAAGCUUGUGUGUGUGUGUGUGUGUUUUUUGCAGGCUUUAUUGAUGUUUCCAACUGACUUCUCAGCUAAGGAGAUGGUGAAGGUUUACUCUGCUAUCCCCGUUCACAUGAGACAGCAACGUUUGGAGCUUGUGUCCCAAACCGUUGUCUUUAGCUCACCUGUGUCAGUGUUUCAUGCUUUUGUGGGACCCUCAUUAUCAAAUGGGCUGCUGGCGGCUUUGGACCGUUUGCUGGUUGUAUGCAAUGUUCCCAAUCAGCCCAGUGCUGCUAUAGGUGUGCUACGGCUGCUAAAGCCUUUUGGACAAGUUUUCAGAGCUCUGGUACUUCAUGGAAACAAGGCGGAUGUUGAUCAGUGCCUUGGGAACCAUAGCAGCAUCCAGAUGGUUUUAGAGAUGGAAUCCGCUUCUGUUGCUUUAUCUGUAUAUGAGUGGUCUCGAAAAAUUCCUUGUUUUUAUCACAACUGUCAUCUGUCUUUCCUCAGAGGAUGUAAUAUACAGAAAAAAUGCAUCUGAGGGCAAUUCAGCCUAAUAUCCUCAUCGGUUUGUCCCCUUAAAAAUAUUAUAGAUUUUCAUCUUUGUAAUAAAAUACAAUGAAACAAGGCCAUUGAA